AUGCAGGCAGCUGGUCAGGAAACACUUCAGAAUGACCAGAUUGCACCAUCAACUCAGACUGCCGAAAAAGGAACAGGACAGAAUGGACAUUCGCAUGAUCAGGUAAUAUCAAAACCACCUUACACAAAAACAAAUGUCAUUUCUGAAGGCGAUCUCGUCAUUAUCUUCCUGUCAAGGGAUCGACCGCCUAUUCCACUUACAGUAACAUCAGGACAAGAAUUGACAAACACCUACGGGUCAUUCCCACACGAUGAAAUGAUUGGUAAACCUUUUGGUGCCAGAUUAGCCUCCAAGAAUAAAAGAGGAUUCAUUCACAUUUUGCGACCGACACCUGAACUUUGGACGUUAGCUUUACCGCAUCGUACGCAAAUUUUGUAUACGCCCGAUAUGUCUUUCAUCUCUGCCCAUCUUGGUCUGUCUCCCGGAGCUCGGAUGAUCGAAUCAGGAACGGGAUCAGGAUCAUUCUCACAUUAUGCUACCCGAUGCGUUGCAAGAAAGCAUAUACAGAGUAGCGGGUAUGGAUGGAAAGGAGUAGCAAAGACUGAAAAAGAUCGAAGCAAUCGUAAGAAGAGGAAAAAGACGGAAGAUGAAUUUGACGAUGAAAGACAGGAAGGUGCUGAAGAAGAUGAAGAAGAGGAAGAAACAAUCAUGCAACCCUCUGAUGCACAAGAAGCUGAUAUUCUAGAACGUCUUUCUGCUCCUCCAAAUGCGUAUGUCGCUCCACGAGAAGGAAGAGUAUGGUCAUUUGAAUUCCAUGCAGGCAGGGCUGUGAAAGCUUGGCAUGAGUUUGAACAGCAUGGCCUGUUUCCUACUCUUUCUUUACGACAUCGUAAUGUGGUCAAGAAUGGAUUCGGAUUGGAAGGAGUGGCAGACGCAGUUUUCCUGGACUUACCUGCUCCUUGGGAUGCAAUUCCUCAUGCAGCAGAAGCAAUGCGUAAAGAUGUUCCCACGCGCAUUUGUUGUUUCUCGCCAUGCGUUGAACAAGUUUUAAAGACGGUGGCUGCCUUGCGAAAAGCAAAGUGGACGGAUAUCGAAACGUAUGAAUGCUUGAACAGGACCCAUCUCAGUAUUUGGUGCGGACCUGGAGCGCAAAAUUAUACGCCAUCUAUCGAUGAAGCUGUUGAACGGAUUAGGGAAGUAGAAGUGAAGAAAGGCAAAAGACGGGAUAUGCAAAUUCAAAGAGCAAGAAAAGAAAGACAGGAGAGAAUACAGAAGGAAGGGGACGAAAAUGAUGCGGGUAAAGCGGAGACGACAUCUGAGCUCAAAGUCGAGAAGGUCCGACCAGAGGAAGAAAACGCAGAAACUGAAGAGGAUGCAGAGACCAACGGCAAGGAAGGUGCAACUGAUCCAUCCACACCCCAGGCAAAAGAAGACGGCAAAAGCUUGCAGCGGGCUAAUGUUCUCUCACGACCGUUCACGGACAUGCGUGGUCACACUUCUUAUUUGACAUUCGCUACCCUGUUGCCACGUAUCGUUGAACGUCAGCCCGAUCCCACAUUGGAACGAGAGAAGGAAAACGAAAAACGUAAACAGCUCAACAAAGAAAGAGCUCAAAAACGUAAGCAGGCCUCACUUGAAGAAGCUUGA